AUGCAUCAAACUUCCUCCAGACUGUUGCGCAUGACGGAUGAUGACCGGCCCUUCACCAAAGACUUCAAGGACCUUUUCUCUACCCUGAUCGUCAGCCUGUUGCCCCUAUCAGCUCAUCGUGUGCGCCUCACCAAGGUCGAGCACACUUUCCUGUCUGAGGAUGCCAUCAACAACCUUGGGUCUCUGAAGUUCUCACAGUCGAACCGAAUGCCUGAUCCGAAGGACCCCUCUCGGAUCGUUACCACAACCACAACUACCACAUUCUCGAUGGCCAAAGAUAUGGCCCGAUCAAUAUGCCAGCGCUUCCUAGAGGCGAGAUUUAUCGAAUCGGCUGACGGGAAGUACCAGCAAGUAUACGCCAUGAAGGGCCAGGUCUGGCAGCUGACGCCGAAGGGCAUCUGUAUUCUGGACCGAUUCUGCUCAAGAAAUGGAAUACAGCAAAAGCAAGUUGGAGAGCUCAUUGGGUCUUCUCUGACCCAGUUGGUCAUUUUGGAGAGGGACGCCCAGACGGACAAGCUGAUCAGUGACCGCGGAACUAUCGAGGUCAUCUUCCGACGCUUUAUCGGAGCCAACGGCCCCAAUAUCAAGGCGAGCGUGAGCUCAGCGGAUUCAGACUCACUAAGCGAUUACCGCGACGGUCUCACCGGUGUCAAGAUGGCUGCGGAGCGCAAAGUUGGUGGCAGGACCUUCAAGGACACCUUCACUGGCAAGGCUGCCACUGACUGGCUGAUGGACUGCUGCACAACGGUGGAUCGGCGGGAGACAAUCGAGCUGGCUUCCCUCUUCGUCGAGUAUGAUCUGAUUGAGGCUGUCCAGCAGGACAGGUCAUACAUGCAGCAGGUCCCUGGGAGCCCGCUGUACCAGCCGACGAAGCAUGCCAUCUAUCAACUCACCGCAAGAGGCAAGGACAUCAUUAGUGGUGGAGGCUCCAGAGGCAGAAGUUCAGAGGGCGACGCAGCCUCUGUGACCAGAGCUGGUAUUGCACGAGACUCCAACACCCAGCGCCUGGACAAGAUCCUCAAUGACGCUGCGCUCCGCUUGUUGUUCCGUGAGAAUCUGCGAGAGACGCAUUGUGAAGAGAACCUGUCCUUCUAUCUGGAUGUGGACGAGUUUGUCAGGAGCUGUAAGCUGGCCAUCAGAGCGGCUCAGAAAAAUCCAGGCGCCACAAGCAUGGAUGGGAUCAAAGAGAUUAUGGCUCAGGCAUAUGGGAUCUACAACGCAUUCCUUGCUCCCGGCUCGCCUUGUGAACUGAAUAUCGAUCAUCAACUUCGGAAUAAUCUUGCAACCCGUAUGACGAAAGCGGUGGGACAGGACGUUGCUAUGAUCGACACUCUGCACGAGGUCACAACGCUGUUUGAGGAUGCUCAGAAUGCUGUUUUCAAGUUGAUGGCUAGUGAUUCGGUGCCGAAAUUCCUGCGGAGCCCCAAAUACGAGCAUACCCUCAAGCACUAUGAUUUUGAUUCGAUCGCGAUUGGCGGUGCUCAAGGCCGCGUUCCUGAGCGAAGCCAGAGCAGAUCUAACCGCAAAUAA